AUGAAAUGCGUUUCCGAUGGCGGUUAUCUCGAAGAAUUUGUUAACAUGUUAUGUCCUUUACCAUUUGAAGAUUCCGGAAAAGAAUAUUGUUGUAAAACAUCGAGCGGAAAACCUUACUGUUGCACAAUUUUCGAAUAUUAUUUAAUGUAUAUCAUAUUGGGAGUCCUUGGCGCCAUAUCUCUUUUGGCCGUUAUAAUAAUAAUAUUUUGCUUCUUUGUUCCCGGAUGCUUUAUUUAUAGAAAAAGACAUUAA